GCGUGGGGGCGUCUGGAGGCUGCGGGCUGCUGACCCUCAGGAGCGCGCGGGUUUGCGGCCUGCGUUCUCGGGCUCCAGCCACGCACUACCAGAGGCAGCGAGGCGCAGCGAGCGGAUUCGCCCUGCGCCCUGGGCUGAACGGCCAUGGAGAACCGGGUGCUGACGCCGCACGUCUACUGGGCUCAGCGACAUCGCGAGCUGUAUCUGCGCGUGGAACUGAGUGACGUGCAGAAUCCUGCCAUCAGCAUCACUGAAAAUGUUCUGCAUUUCAAAGCUCAAGGACAUGGUGCCAAAGGAGACAAUGUCUAUGAGUUUCACCUGGAGUUCUUGGACCUUGUGAAGCCAGAGCCGGUUUACAAACUGACCCAGAGGCAGGUAAACAUUACGAUACAGAAGAAGGUGAGCCAAUGGUGGGAGAGACUCACCAAGCAAGAGAAGCGCCCACUGUUUUUGGCCCCUGACUUUGAUCGCUGGCUGGACGAGUCUGAUGCGGAAAUGGAGCUCAGAGCCAAGGAAGAAGAACGUCUAAAUAAACUCAGAAUUGAAAGCCAAGGCUCCCCUGAAACUCUUAUAAGCUUGAAGAAAGGAUACAUGUUCAUGUAUAAUCUUGUGCAAUUCUUGGGAUUCUCCUGGAUGUUUGUCAACAUGACUGUGCGGCUCUUUAUAUUGGGAAAAGAGUCCUUCUAUGACACAUUCCACACCAUUGCUGACAUGAUGUAUUUCUGCCAGAUGCUGGCAGUUGUGGAAACUAUCAAUGCAGCAAUUGGAGUCACUAAGUCACCAGUGAUACCUUCUGUUCUCCAGCUUUUUGGAAGAAAUUUCAUUUUGUUUAUCAUCUUUGGCACCAUGGAAGAAAUGCAAAACAAAGCUGUGGUUUUCUUUGUGUUUUAUUUGUGGAGCACAAUUGAAAUUUUCAGGUACCCCUUCUACAUGCUUUCCUGCAUUGAUAUGGAUUGGAAGGUGCUCACAUGGCUCCGUUACACUGUGUGGAUUCCUUUGUAUCCUCUGGGAUGUUUGGCAGAAGCUGUCUCGGUGAUCCAGUCCAUUCCAGUGUUCAAUGAAACAGGAAGAUUCAGUUUCACAUUGCCAUAUCCCGUGAAAAUCAAAGUUAGAUUUUCCUUUUUUCUUCAGAUUUAUCUUAUAAUGUUAUUUUUAGGGUUAUACAUAAAUUUCCGUCACCUUUAUAAACAGCGUAGGCGGCGCUAUGGACAAAAAAAGAAAAAGAUCCACUGAGAAGAGAUUUAGAUGACUUCUUGCCAUUUAGACUUUUGAGCCUAAUCUAUAAUUCUUAACGGUUUUACCUUCUUGUACUGAUGUAAAAGUUUUUUUAAAGUUAAACUAUUAAAUUCUCAGUAAGGCUAUCUUCCCUUUUCCCCAGUAACAUCCUGGAUUUAUUUUAUUAGUGUAGUACUUGCAUGACAUCUGUUUGUUCUUUUGUAUUCUGUUAGUGACAGCAGACUCAGCCCUGCCCUCCAACCACUCCAUGUCCAGUCACUAGUCUGUUUCACACAAGCCAGAGAGAUUUUGUCAGUGCCCUGAACCUACUAGGUACUGGCCAUUCUUACAGCUGGAAUUUGUUCUUUUUGGCUAUUGAUUAUGGAGAAAAAGCAGGACUUGCUCUGUAGGAGGCUGUUAAAGUGACCCAGGCAGGGCCUAAUAUAUUCUGUACCCAAGGGGUUACUUGUUAAGUGGAGUGGCAUUGACUUUUUAAAAAAUCUAUUUGACUCAGUUACUGAUAAAACAUUUCUGAGUCCAAGUGGGCAUAGAGAACACAUAUUACCUCUGAAUUUUUUGGCCUCUCUAAAGAUAUUGUUACUAUACAGUGCUUACCUGUGUGGGCACAGAAUGACUUGACAGGCACCAGUCAGAACCUUGGAACACCAUGAUCACUUACUUCAUUCUGAGAUGUCAGAACUAUUUUCAACACUAAAGAAAGAUGAAACAUUAAUUAGAAAAUAAUGAAAUUAUGAGAGUUACAACCCCAAAUGGCUACAGGGGUCAGAAGGGUCCAACUGGCCAUAAGACAGCUGCUGGCAAUGCAGCCUGUAGCAAACUGAGAACACUAGAGUGGGCCAGUCUAAACAUGCCUGCAAAACUGUCUUAGGCUGUGCACAAACAAAACAAUCUUCCUUCCCCUGAAGUAGCUAAGUCCAUUUACUUAUGUACUUGUCAGAAGUGGUGGGAUUGUCUGUUUUUGAAUAGACCUCAAAACCACCUGCUUUUAUUCUGCUGUGUUUCAACUCUGCAGUAGGACAGUGAACAGAGAAUGUUGGCUGGAGAACCACCAGGUGGUCCUUUAAUAAGAUUCCUGGACGGAAACCCACCAACAGGAACUGAAAAAAAUCUAGGCAUUAUGAAGUUUGGCCAUUGUCAAAACAUCAAGUUUCUUCUACUACAUUCCAAAUAAACCAAGUAAAAUGUGUUACAAGUAAUGCUUGCAUAAAAGAAUUUAAGGCAUGAUUGCGCUUUCUGUUUUGCCAUUCCCGUUGUUCCUGGGGAAAAGGGGACUGAAUGAGCUAUGCUGUUUCUCUGAGCCCAAGAUGGAAACCUGGCUUGACCUAAAAACAUAUGAUUAGCAUAGGCUGGCUGAUUUUUCUUACAAGUUCAUUGCACUGAUGGGUAUUUUGCAUGUCUGUAACCUCUGUCAAUAUUUGUUUGUAUUAAGUUCUGAUGUUCUUUCACCUGACUUUCUGUGUGUGAUUGGGCAGAUCAGCUUUGCAGCAGAUUAUGCUGCAUCUGUGGCAGAAUCUUAUAUUCUUUGCUAAGAAAGCAAAAGAGUGUGUAUUUCUAUUAAACAUUUACAGUCAAAAUCCUAA